AUGACUUCCCAGCAUGACGACAAUUCAUGUGACGAUACAUCGAGCUCUCUCGGAGACAGCUCCUACGACUUUGUAGACGAUAGAAGUAUUGCGACAACCGAUGAUGAAGACCAAGAUGCAAUGACCGAAUCCAUCACCUCGAGUGAUGGGCAUGAAUUCGACCAACCAGACAUUCACCAGCUACAGGGCAGAUCAGGUGAUUCAGGAGGUCAGACUUCUCACAGCCAGGGCUCCGAAUACUGCAGCGGCCAAGAAAUCCACUCGGAGUCCAACCCUCCUUCCUCUGGACGAGAAUCAGAUCUGCAGGCUACGACCGAUCAAGUCCCUCUGAACAAGCUGCACGAUCAACACGAGGCUAUCGAAUUCGUCGAGCCGAGCGUUACCAAUUUGAAUUUCUCGAGGCCCAUCGAGGUAUCACACACGUUAAAGAUAAUAGACGGCCAGAAUGCUACUGUCAGCAAUUUCUAUCUCAACAUGCUAGAGCGCCGCUCUGGAAAGGUGGCCGUCACCGUUAGGCAGACGAUGGCGAGCCAUGGUCUUCAACUUCGGGGCAGGCCGUAUAAGAUCCUAUACGUUGGGGACUCCUCCGUGAGAGAUAUCAUUGUACAGAAAAUUGCUACGGCCUUGGCAGCUUCGCUGAACAACAGCUCUUCCCCAAACUUCGAAAAGCCUCGACCUUCCAGAUUUAAUGUUGUUCCAAUCUCUGCAUUCGGGGAGGAAGCUUCUCCAGAAGUCGUCCUUAUCGACUCGUCAGGUCUUGAGAUGAGCGUUGACGAGUGCAGCUUCGCUUCUUUCGCAAGAAACGAAGGUGGAAACGACACCAUCCAAAUGCAAUUGUCUGACGGAAGUCAAGUGGUUUCCUCUUGGUCUGUUUCGAAAUUCGUCAUUUCGAAUGAUUGGAGGACUCCUGACAUAGCGGUAUUUUGUUCGUCCGAAAGGGAUAGCGUUGCUGUAAAGCAGACUCGCCGCAUUGCUCGAUCUUUCAUGAGCCGUCAUGCGGUACAAACAAUCGUCAUCACAGCGGCCUCGCACUGGGACUCUCAUGCAGACGCUAUCACGUUGGAUUAUCUGACUCCACACAUUCAUUUGGAGUCUCUUGAACCUAUGGGCCUGAAUCGUACUCAGACCGUCCAACGCCUGCCGAUUGAUCUUGCGACAUUCCUGAGUAUCGAUGCAGGCCAGAUGAAUAGAAACCUCGCUUGUCUGGAUGCUGCUCGCGGAGCCUCCAAAGGCUGCGUGCCUUCGAAGGUCGCGAAGUCCAGAGGAACCUCGCACGACCGCCUCUCGUUCCAAGAGAUCUAUGAUGCAUUUGUCACCGAUAUUCGAAAAGAUGGGUUGAAAGGUCUAAACCGGUAUGAGUACAUGGCUGGAUUUGUAGUCAUGCUAAUGUCGGUACUUGGUAUGGUGGUCGUUGGUUUUGGUCUCACUGGAAUUUUGGGAGCAUCCAGGGUCUCGAACAGCAGAGUGUUCCCUAUGAGUGUUGCCUCAACUUCUGCCUUGGGUGUCUCAACUUCAACAAUGGCCACCGCAGCACCGCUUUCCUUGCAAAGCUUGUCCGCUCUGACUGCAAGUUUGGCAUCAUCUACUCCGACUCGAGUGUCACCUGUCAGGAGUUUGUCGACUGACGUAGAUAUUGCUUCAUUUCUACUAGAUGCGUAUGCUUUGGCGCCGAAUAAAUCGGAGCAGUUCAAGGUUCAUUUCCUCGGCGACUGUCAUAUAGUACUUCGACCGCCCCAUUGGUUCAGUAAGAUGAAAAAGACUCCGAAGCUAUUGAUCAAGAUCACACGGGGCGACAAGACUUUGGAGCACCAGAUCUCAACGUUGUUCGAUGGGGUAUACGCGCUGCAGAUCCCUCGCGAAGAUUCCUACGGCGUGCUCAAUGUCACAGUAUGGACUGAAUCCAAGCCAAAGAUCAAAGAAAACUUUGAAGUGGACUUUGGGUCGUCAUGGUUCAAAGUUGCAGGGUGGAAGAAGGGAUCCCGCGUUCUGACGGAGUCGAUUCGUGGAGAUUUGAAUUCGAUCCAGACAAGUCUGAGCAUCUUCUACGAUCACACUAAGACAGGGCUUUGUAAGUCAUUACAGCAGCAGAGAGCCAGGAUUUCUGCUCAGAGAGAAGCCGAGAAGGCUAUGCUGCACUCUCAUUUUGAGGCUGCGGCAAAGACGAAAGAGCUUUUGGUAGCGCAUACAAAGGGCGUAAUCAGAAGCAUUUCAGGUACCCUGCAUGAUAGCCACGCGGCUGCUUCUUAUGCAAUCGAAAAGCAUGCGGAGAACAUCACCAAAGAUCUAGCAGUCUACGCCCGCAACAAGACCGCGGUGAUCUCUCGACAGUCACGUAUAUUAGCUCAAACAGCUACAAGAUCGAAUGUGAGAGCACUUCGCGGUCUCGCAGUCUUCAGUCAAAGACACCUUCGAGAGACGCAGAAAAAGGCGCUCCUGAUAUUGUGGAAAAUCGGAGGCGUGCCCAAGAAGACAAUAAGAGUGAAGGGCGAGGGCAAGGGACCAUCUCGUGGUGGCAAGAUAUUCGUUCGUCGUGAUGAACUGUGA